UUUCAUUCACAUUUCACCAGUCUCUCUUUUCCUCUUUCUCGCUCUAAAAGGUCGCUACGAUGAUGGCUUCGACUUUUCAAGAAAACUGUAUUUCAGUAAUCAACGGAGCUCCGAGUUGGGCUGUUUUCUUUCUUUUUGACCUUCUCGACAAUUUUCUCUGCAUCGUUUUCAGAUUCCUCGACCAAGUUAUGGAAGAAAAACUAGAGUCAUGCCAAUGUAAUAAUCCUCAAGAGACAUCCGGAUACGAGUUUCUUUCAGACCAUCAACACUUGUCCGAGACUCUUUACCGUAGGAGAAACAUUUUCCGACAAGCCGGUUUUCUCCGGUUUGCGAGAAAACUCCCUGAGAUCACCAAGAAAAUCGGUAUAGCUACUUUCCUUAGAAACUUCCUCUUUCCCGAUAAAAUGGAGAAAGUCCCUCGUGAGGUUGCAAACAGAUGGUCUGAUUGUGGUUGCAAGAAUUGUGUUUCUUGGACUAACGACGAUAAACUUAACGUGAUCGUCAAGCAACCUUCAGUAUCUUCAGAUUUAUCAAUGAGCAACAAACCGGUAAAGAACGUUAUUUUCAUACACGGAUUCUUAGCAUCUUCAUCGUACUGGACCAACACGGUGUUCAAUUAUCUACCCGAGACCACGGAGAAAACUAACUACAGAUUCUUCGCGGUCGAUCUUCUAGGGUUUGGAGACAGUCCAAAACCUAGAGACUGUCGAUAUUCGUUGCAAGAACAUGUUGAAAUGAUCGAGAAAUCGGUUAUUUUACCAAACAAUCUGACUUCAUUCCAUGUUGUAGCACACUCCAUGGGAUGCAUCGUUGCAGUAGCCUUAGCUGCCAAAUUCUCCGGUAGUGUCAAGUCCGUCGCUUUAGUAGCUCCGCCGUACUUUGGUGAUAAAGAAGGAGCAAGUUGUGAGGCUCUUGAUGUGAUAGCCGAGAAGAAACUUUGGCCUCCGACUUCGUUUUUCUCAGCGAUGAUGGCUUGGUACGAACACAUUGCACGUGGGGUUUGCUUUGUUGUGUGUAGGCACCACCGUACAUGGGAGAAGAUCAUCAAAAUUAUAACUUGGAGAAGUAAACUACCAAUUGCGAUAACCGAACUAACGAAGCACACGCAUCAGUCGUCAUGGCAUAGCAUGCACAAUGUGUUAUGCGGAGGAGCGAAAUUCACGGAUAAACACCUUGAAACUUUGAUAAAUUCCGGUGUUAAAAUCAGUGUGCUACAAGGGGAUAAAGAUGCUGUGGUUCCUGUUGAUUGUCUAUGGAACAUGAAAGCUAAGUUCCCAGCGGUUGAAGUUGAAGUUAUUGCCGGAACCGAUCAUAGUUCGGUAAUAAUGAGUAGAAGAGAGGUCUUUGUUGCGAACCUUGUUAAGUUGUGGGCUUCUUCCGUAAAGAAACAAAACUAGUGGAAAGUGCGUAAAAGAUUUAAACUUUAUAAUAAAGUCUUCAAACAUUUAAACUUUAUAAUAUAUUUUCUUUUUUUUUAUCUUCUAAUUAAUUAGGUGUAUUGUCCUUUUUGUUACAAAAACAAACAUUUUCCUUGAAUAAAUCCAAUUGUCAUUGUUGAAGGAGAAAGUGAAAGUGAUACACAUAAUACGUUUUGUAAAAAACAGAACAUAAUAAUCUCAAACUUUUUAUUUUCUAAAGUUUUGAUUUAAGAGACUAGUAAAUUAAAUAGGAU